GCGCUUCAAUUCAAUUCAAUUCAAUCUUAUAAUUAACCCGCCCAUAAUAACUACUAGCUACUUACUUCAGUUUCAUUGUUUGUUUGUUUGUUUAAUAAUGGACGGAAAGAAACUGGAAUACAAAGGAGAGGAGGCUUUGAAGGAGAUUGAGAGGCUAACUAGAGAAGCUGAGAAAGUGCAACAAGAGCUGCUCAAAGAAAUCAUUACAAGAAACAAAAACACUGAAUACCUGAAUAAGUACAUGACCAUGAAUGAUGUACAAGAGUUUAAGCAGAAGGUGCCCGUCAUCACCUAUAAACACAUUUAUCCUUAUAUCCAAAGGAUAGCUAAUGGUGGUGAAGACUCCUCUUUGAUCUCUGGUCACCCCAUAGUGGAGAUGUUAUGCAGCUCGGGCACGUCUGGUGGAGAGCCCAAGCUAAUGCCAACCAUUGCAGAAGAUCUUGACCGUCGAACUUUCCUCUAUAAUAUGAUCAUGCCAAUAAUCAACCAGUAUGUGACAGGACUUGAUGAAGGUAAGGCCAUGUUUCUAUACUUUGUAAAGGCAGAGAUGUCAACUCCUUGCGGUUUACCAGCCCGUACAGUCCUCACCAGUUAUUACAAAAGCAAGCAUUUUAAGGGCCGUUCACAUGACCGUUACAAUGAUCAAACAAGCCCAGAUGAAGCCAUUCUCUGUGAUGACAGCAACCAAAGCAUGUACUGCCAGCUGUUAUCCGGGAUGAUCCACCGCCAGCAAGUCCUACGCCUUGGAGCCGUAUUUGCAUCAGCUUUGCUACGUGCAAUCUCCUUUCUUGAACGCAAUUGGGUUAGUCUGUGCAAUGAUAUCCGUACAGGCAAACUAAGCCCCGUGAUUACGGAUUCGGCCUGCCGCUUAGCCAUGUCAUCCAUCCUCAAAUCGGCUGACCCUCGUCUGGCAGAUGAGAUUGAGAAUAUUUGUAGUCGACGAUCAUGGAAAGGGAUAGUGUGUAAUCUUUGGCCUAAGGCUAAAUAUAUCGAGGCAGUGGUUACAGGAUCUAUGUCCCAGUACAUACCAGCUCUUGAGUACUAUAGUAUGGGAAAGUUACCACUGGUGUGUACAAUGUAUGCUUCUUCAGAGUGUUAUUUUGGGGUAAACUUAAAGCCACUAUGUGAUCCUGCAAAUGUCUCAUUUACCCUCUUACCAAACAUGGGUUACUAUGAAUUCAUACCCUUGGGUAAAGAUGAGACAUAUGGGAAUGAGGAUGAUGAUGAAGACAUCUCUUUGAAUAAGCUUGUUGACCUGGUGCAUGUCAAAACUGGUUGCUACUAUGAAUUGGUGGUCACAACAUUUUCUGGGCUAAACAGAUAUCGUAUUGGAGAUGUGCUCCAAGUGACUGGAUUUCAUAACCGAGCCCCGCAGUUUCGGUUCAUCUGCAGGAGGAAUGUCAUCCUAAGCAUUGACAAUGACAAAACGAAUGAAGAAGAUCUGCAUAAGAGUGUAAUGGCAGCAAAAAGACUGUUAGAGCCCUACAAUGCUCUACUUGUGGAAUACACUUCCUAUGCGGACACAUCAUCAGUGCCGGGUCACUAUGUGAUAUACUGGGAGAUCAAACAUUGCACAGUCCUAGAGAAGGCCCCCUCUCCACUUGUCCCUAAAGUGCUUCAAGACUGUUGCAUUGCAAUAGAAGAAGAUCUUGAUUAUAUUUACAGGCGAUGUCGCACGAAUGACAAGUCGAUUGGACCACUUGAGAUUCGUGUUGUGAAGAGCGGCACGUUUGAGGUAUUGAUGGAUUUGUUUAUCAAAGAGGGUGCCUCUAUAAACCAGUACAAAACUCCGAGGUGCAUUAAGUCAGAGGCUGCACUCAAACUGCUCAAGGCAAAUGUGAAGGCUUGCUUCUUUAGUCCCAGAGAUCCCACAUGGCUUCCAUAGUCACUUAAUAAUACUAAUAAUAAUAAUCAGAUUCAUUCUCUCUUUAGCUAGCUAGGGGAAUGUAUGUAAUGAGCAAGCUUUUGUCUAAGCUAAUAAUAAUAAUAAUUUAUGGUUAGGAAAAAGCAUAUUAUCUGUUGUUCUGGAUCAUCAUGUACUACCUUUAUUAGAGGAGAUCUAUCUAUGUGAAGUUAUAAUAAUAAUAAUAAUCUAUUAGCACUUUGCCUA